AAACCUCUCCAACAAAAACAAAAAUGGAGUUGUUCUUUCUUAUUGCCUUAACCAUUUUCAUUGUCCUUGUUACUUUUCCAAUUCUAGCUCUAUUGUCUCAUAAGCUACCCAAUGUCUCUCUUCUCCCACCAGGCAAGACAGGCUUACCGUACGUCGGAGAAAGCUUGGAAUUUCUCUCUACAGGCCGAAAAGGUCAUCCUGAAAAGUUCAUAUUAGAGAGAAUGACCAAAUACUCCUGUCAAAUUUUCAGAACUUCCAUUCUUGGUGAACAAACUGCUAUUCUCUGUGGUCCACAAGGCAAUAAGUUCUUGUUUUCCAAUGAAAACAAGCUUGUAACUGCCUGGUGGCCGAAAUCAGUCCUGAAACUUUUCCCUUCGUCGCAACAAAGUACGAUUUCAGCAGAAGGAAUUAGGAUUAGAAAAAUGUUACCCAUGUUUCUCAAACCCGAGGCGUUACAGAGAUACAUUGGUGUAAUGGACUCUAUAGCUCGAGAACACUUUCAGGAUAAAUGGGAAGGUAAGGAAAAAUUGAAAGUAUAUCCACUUGUAAAAUUAUAUACUUUUACAGUUGCUUGUAAAGUGUUUUUGAGUUUGGAGGACAAAGAACAGGUUGCCAAGUUCGCAACUCCUUUCAAUGAUAUGGCGUCAGGUAUCAUUUCUAUUCCAGUAGAUCUUCCUGGAACGUCUUUCCAUCGCGGAAUGAAGGCCUCGAAGGUUAUAAGGAAGGAAAUGUUGGGUAUGAUUGAACGAAGAAGAAAGGAGAUUGCGGAAAAUAAAGCGUCUCCAAUGCAAGAUAUUUUGUCACAUAUGUUAGUAGCUACUGAUGAAGAUGGAAAGCGUUUGGGAGAUAUUGGAAUUGCUGAUAAGAUUAUUUCUUUGCUUAUUGGUGGCCAUGACACUGCAAGUGCUUCCAUUACUUUUGUGGUUAAGGUUCUUUCAGAGCUUCCUGAAAUCUACAAGAAAGUUUUGAAAGAGCAAAUGGAGAUUGCAAAUUCAAAAGCACCAGGUGAGUUACUGAACUGGGAAGACAUUCAGAAGAUGAAAUACUCCUGGAAUGUAGCCUGUGAAGUAAUGAGAAUAGCCCCACCUCUACAAGGUUCUUUCAGAGAAGCCUUGUAUGACUUCAAUUAUGCUGGUUUCUCUAUUCCAAAGGGUUGGAAACUAUAUUGGAGUACACAUUCAACACAUAAGAAUCCAGAAUAUUUUCCAGAGCCUGAAAAGUUUGAUCCUUCAAGAUUUGAAGGGUCAGGGCCUGCACCUUACACAUAUGUUCCAUUUGGAGGAGGACCAAGAAUGUGCCCUGGGAAAGAAUAUGCAAGAUUGGAAAUUUUGGUUUUUAUACACAACAUUGUCAAAAGGUUCAAGUGGGAAAAAAUGCUUCCUGAUGAGAAAAUUAUUGUAGAUCCCAUACCUAUGCCAGCAAAAGGGCUUCCAAUAUACCUUUAUCCUCACAAGUUGGAGUGAUUUGCCAAAUAAAAAAAGAAAGGGAAUAGCUUUUCAUAAUGUAAUUUCUGUAAACAAUAAUUCUUGUAGACAAGCUACAAGGUCUUUUCUAUAUUUAUAUAAUUAUAUAUGCAAAAAUGUUAUUAAUAAUGCUAGAUUUGCAUUUUCUCCUUCAUUCCAAUGUAAUUAAAAGUGAGUGAAUUUUUAAUAUUAAAGAAUGUGAAAUUAUGACA